UUAAGGUGUUCUUGAUAUUUUGGGGCUUUGUACCUAGUUGUUGCACUGUCCAUGCAGUUGUUUGGAUUGGACUAGAUGACCUCCUGAGGCCCCUUCUAGCCCUCAUUUCCUAUGGUUCUAUGACUCCCUAGCCUUAGUAAAUAGGAGCCCAUUUACACCUGGGCUGGGGGGAAGAAAAUGGACAGCAGCGUUCACUAACUGUCUGGCGUGAGAACACAGACCUCUGGAUCUGUAACAGGGCCCUUGACUUCUGUAUCAGUCACAUGCAGACAGACAGAGGGAAAAACAAAUGUGGGAAAAAUUAUGGGAUGAGUGAAUGUGCAUGUGCGUGUAGGCAUAAAGAAAGAAGAAACAAGAUACAGGGCAAGGUCUUCGGAGUAGAUCUUGGUACAAAAAAUACUGGGAGCUGAUAUGUCCUCACGGCCUUUUCUCUCCACCAACAGGACAUCAUGAACACAUAUCAAGAGGAGAACCAGAACCUGUCAUCCGGGUUCUUCAUCAUUGGCUUCUCUAAUACUGCACACCCGCUACGACUCUUCUUCUUUGCCCUUUUCUGUCCCAUGUACAUGGUCACACUGAUAGGGAACCUGCUUAUUGUGACCUUGGCAGUGAGAGACCAGGCUCUCCACACCCCAAUGUAUUUCUUCCUGGGCAGCCUUUCCACAGUAGAGGUGGGUUAUACCCUGGUCAUUGUGCCCAAGAUGCUGGCAGGUUUCCUGAUGCCAGGCAGCAGGGCUAUCUCAUUUUGGGGAUGUGCCACCCAGAUGUACUUCUUUGUGGCCUUGGGGGGCUCUGAGUGCUUCCUGCUGGUGGCCAUGGCCUAUGAUCGCUAUGUUGCCAUCUGCCACCCGCUGCAUUAUGCCUCUAUCAUGAGCUGGAGGGCAUGUGUCCAGCUACUGUUGGCCUCCUGUGCUGGUGGGUUCACACUCUCCUUGGGGCUGACAAUUCUAGUUUUCCAGCUGCCCUUCUGCCAGUCCAAGUGCGUCAACCAUGUCUUCUGUGAUAUCCCAGCUGUGCUGGCACUGGCCUGCGGAGACAACUUCCUCAAUGAGAUGGCUCUACUGGUUGCUUGUCUCCUCAUCCUCAUCUUCCCCUUCCUGUUCAUCCUGGUCUCCUACAGCCACAUCCUGAGGGUGGUCAUUCGGUCCUGCUCAGCAGAGGGGCGCCGCAAGGCCUUCUCCACCUGUGCCUCACACCUGACAGUCGCUGUGCUUCACUAUGGCUGUGCCACCUCCAUGUACAUCAGGCCCACAGCCAGUCACUCACUGGAGCAGGACAAGCUCGUAUCUCUCAUCUACAUCAAUGUCACACCCCUGCUCUACCCUGCCAUCUACACACUCCGCAACAAAGACUUCAGCAAUGCCCUGGGCAGGGUCCUGGCCUGGCAGAGGUAUGCCUAG